AUGGAACCACUCUCUCCAAAGCAAAAUAUAUGUGAUAAUAACGAUAAUAGCAAUAUUGAAAUUCAAAAGUCAGAGAUAAACUUUAUUUUUAUAAAGGAAACAUAUUAUCAAGAAACUCAAAAAAGCACUUUUUCUACACAUUUCAGUCAAAAUGUUAAUCUAUUAGGUGAUGUCAUAACAUAUGAAGCUCUUUUGGAAGAGGCAAAAAAAACUUUAGACGAAGAAAGUAAGAAAAAAACAGAAUACAAUGAAUCUCAUAAUUUACAAUUAGCAAUACCCGUCGAUAAAGAUCAAUAUGAUGCAUUAUUCUCACACCCAAAGUCUAAAGGAAUCUUGGAUGGCAAAUCUCCAGUCUACUACAAAAUACCAAAAACAUUCGCCGACAAACAAACUUUCUCGUUAGUUAAUGGAUUUAUAAAUCUCAUUGAAAAUAGAUCUGUGUUGGGUAACCAAUUACACUCACAUCCAAACAUUCAUCCAUUCAAUAACAUAUUAACAACAAAAAUCGCUUUUAAUGUGCCAGAUAAAGAUAUAAAAAAUUACAUAGAAUCCACGGGUUGCACCCCAAAGUUACCCCAAAGAUGCAUAUCAACAAAAGAAUUACAUUUUAUUUUCCAAGGAGGAAUUUAA